AAAUAUAUUUCAAGUAAUACCUCUAAGUUUUGUUAUGGAGUUUUAGUCUUAGAUUUAUUUAUUCAAUGAAUGAUCUUAAUUUGGUACAAACAUUUGGGAGAAAGAGAGAAAGUAGUGAAACUAGGGGCUUGGCCAUGAGUAUAAGUGUGAUUUGGUUUAUGAGCAAAAUUUCUUUUAAUUCUCAACCUUGGUGUAGAAUUUAGGAGUAAUAAAUAAAAUAAAACACUAAUUAUUUUGCAUUUUCAGAUAAGCAGGAAGACUACCUUGAGUACCCAGUCAUGGCCUCAUGGUCUCUUCAUAAUGUUUAGUUUUGCUAGAUGUAUGAAUGUAGGGAGUUACGACUGAGAUUGUCACAUAAAAGAGUAGGAAUUUUGAAAGGAACUUUGGGUACCUUUAGUAAGAUUACAUCCAAAUGACUUCAGCUACAGUAUUGGCCAUGCUGUGAUACUCUGCCUCAGUGUUUCAUGGGCUGUUGUUUUCAGUUAUUAAUAGCGACCACUCCAGGCGUUAUCCCGGGAUUCUCUCCCGGUGCGGCAACCCUCCGCUACGGAGGAGUGACGCGCAUCCCAGUUUUGGAUAGCGGUCGGGAAAGCUGGCAUAGCGGGUUGUGGGAACGGAGCGCUUCCUGUCCUAGAGCAUUUUUCUGCUUUUAGGACUUUUUUGGAGUGCGAAAAGAACUUUUACCCUUAAAAGAAUUUUAAAUUGGAAAAUUUAUUAUAGUUUUUCCUGUUUUAUCCUCUUUUAUUCGCGUUUUCACCUUUCUCCAUCGUGUUUCUUCUGUUAGAUGCUUCUCGCAUUUUUCGCUCGCUGCAUCUCUUGCCCUAACUCCUCCUCCGCCUCAACUGCUUCAAGCUUCUCUCCAUUAUUCUUCUACUCUUCUUCUCUACUUCUGUUUUCUACUUUUCUAUUUUGUUCUCUAUCGUGUUCUUCUCUAUUCACUGUUUUUCUAUUCGUUUUAAGGGUGUUUUUUCUUUCAUAUCAUUGUUUUUUGCUUUAUUUUAAAAUAUAUUGAUUAUGAGAUUAAUAGAUGUAAAUUAUUCCUAUAAUGAGUCUAAAAAGUUAUUUAAUCUACGUUAAAUAUAUAGGUAGAUUAUUCAUAUAAUUAUUCCAAAAAGUUAUUUAGUCUACAUUAAAUAUUAAAUAUAUAGGUAGAUUAUUCAUAUAGUUAUUCCAAAAAAUUAUUUAGUCUACAUUAAAUAUUAAAUAUAUAGGUAGAUUAUUCAUAUAAUUAAUCCACAAAAUUAUACCGCUAUCCGCAAUCUUGCUAUCCAAUUUUUGGGGUCGGCCGCUCUGUUCCGCUAUCUGGGAUUAAUAACCGCCAAUCUGUGUCAUAGUAAGCACUGGUGGAGAACGGAGAAUUAGGCUGUCCUUGUUGAAAUCCAUGACUGAUUAACCCUUUAAGAUAUCUAAAAAUGUGUUUGACUUAUUUCCAAUGUGAUUCAAGUGGACUUGCAAUGAAUUGGCUGACCUUGUCUACACAAAAUGCAUCCCGUUCUGUGAAAGUCGCAUAUUGCAUUGCUCCUAUAAUAGUGCAAUGAAAACGAGGGACUGGAAGAGUAUCAGUACCCACUCUACUGAGUUUACAUUUGCUGAUUACGGGAAAUGCUAUGUCUUUUGCUUCAUGCAUGCUUUCUUUGUGAAGAAGGCAGUGUUAUCAAAUAGCGGCGCUAUGGCAGCUAUGGCAGAUAUGUAUGGCAGUUUUUGGACUCGCCACAAUGGUAAAUAUUGACUGAAAUUGUGGAUUUUUCUACCAUAGUCGUUAUAACGGCGCCGCAAAGCGGUUGGUAUGACGGGAUUUUGGCUCUCUGCCGUGGACCCGCCAUCUGUCAUCAACAACACUGGAAGAAGGUCUCUAACAUAUUUGGAUUGGCUGAGAAGAAGGAAACCAUUCUUCAUUGUUUUUACUUCAACGUCAAGAAAAUAAUCCAUGUUUCCCAGCUGUUUUGGGGGUGAAUUGGCUGUUAGAGCUUAUGAAUAAGAUCUUAGGUUAGAGUUGAAGAGGACCCAAUUAUGAGCUUAAAUAAAAAAUAUAUAGGUAUAUGUGUUGGAAUUUCCGCCUAAAUUGCAGUUUGUUCCUAGUCGCCUAAAUUGCGACAUUUUAACUUGCCUUCAUUGCAGUCUCCGGCAUCUUCGAAGGGGUGGAUUUAGUUCCACAUUGCUUAGAGAUAUGACAUAUGUUGUAUUUAUAAGUGGGGAUAAUUCUCUCCUUACAAGUCGGUUAUGUAGGGAUGAAUUAGGCCUAACUCAUACGUUCUAGGAUGGUAUCAGAGCUGUCAACCAGGCCAUACAUCAUAUGUUGUCCGAUGUGAGACUCUUAACACACCCUCUCACGCUCAAACUGGACAUCUGGAGCAUGGAAAUAAAUGGUGGAUGACCUUGUACUGAAAGUGUGGGGAGGGGAGACUUUUUAAAGAGAUAGAUCAAUACAUAAACAAGAGAUACGAAUAUGAAUAUGAGUUUAUCAAAAGGAUCGCUGACACGGUGCACAGUACAUCAAAACAAAACCUUUCACAUGUUGAUGAUCAUGCAGUUGGACUUGAGAUGCGCGUGUCUAAUAUACUAUACCGUUUACAAAUGCUUGAUCCCACUGUUAUCAUGAUAGGAAUAUGCGGGGUUGGUGGUAUAGGAAAAACUACUUUGGCAAGGGCGGUGUACGAUUCCAUUGGCCAACAAUUUGAGGGUAUUUGCUUCCUCCAUGAUGUUAGAGUAAAUUCAACCAAAUAUGGAUUGACAUAUCUACAACAGGUAAUUCUUUCUGAUACGGUUGGCGAGAGUAUGAAGCUGUGUAAUGAGAAUGAAGGAAUUUCAAUCCUGAUAAAAAAGUUGCAAAAUAAAAGGAUUCUUUUGAUACUUGAUGAUGUUGACAAAUUGGAUCAAUUGAAGAAUUUAGCAGGAACACCUAGUUGGUUUGGUUGUGGAAGUAGGAUUAUCAUAACUACUAGGCGUAAAGAUAUUCUAGCUGCUCAUGGAGUUGGAAAUAUAUAUGAUGUACCUGUAUUUAGUUAUCAUGAAGCUCUUGUACUUUUAAGUUCCAUUGCGCCAAAAAGACCUAAUCUUGAUGUAGUAUGGGGUCGUGCAAUCAGAUACUCCCGUGGUCUUCCAUUGGUCUUAAAGAUUAUCGGUUCUGAUUUAUCAGAAAAAUCACCUGAUGAAUGGGAGAUUUCAUUAGGCAGAUAUGAAAAAAUCUGCAAUGAAGAAACUCAAAGUAUACUUGAAGUGAGUUGUAAUAGUUUGAACGAACACGAGAAGAGAAUUUUCAUCGACAUUGCAUGUUUCUUUGCUGGAGAACCAUUUUCAUAUGUCAAAGAAGUAUUAUCUGCUUGUGGUUUCUAUACAAAAUAUGGUAUUGACAGACUUAAGGAUAGAUCCCUUAUAUCAAUCACUCCCAGUGGAAGUUUGAUCGUGCAUGAUCAUAUAAUAGACAUGGCUAUGAAUAUAGUACUACAAGAAUCACCUACAAAUCCUUGCAAGCGAAGUAGGUUAUGGCUACCUGAGGAUGUUCUUCGAGUUUUAGACGAAACUGCGUUUGGAAAGGAAAACGAUAAAAUCGAAGUCAUGGUAUUGGACAACUUACCGCAAGGAAGUGUAGAGAAGUUAAGUGACAAAGCCUUCAAGGAGAUGAAAAGCCUGAGAAUACUAAUUAUUAAGGACGCGGUAUAUUCCGAAGUCCUCCAACAUCUCCCUGAUAGCUUAAGAGUCCUGGAUUGGAGUGGAUAUCCUUCAUGCUGUUUGCCGCCUGAUUUUGUCAAUUUGCCUUCUAGUUGUCUCAUUUUCAACAAAUUCAUGAAUAUGAAGUGUUUGAUUAGUAUUGAUUUCACUGACUGCAUAUAUAUAACAGAAGUACCUGAUAUGUCUGGUAUCCCAAACUUGAGGACAUUGUAUCUUGAUAAUUGUAUAAAUGUUACAAAAAUUCAUAAUUCUGUUGGAUUUCUUGAUAACCUUAAAGAGCUGACAGCCACAGGAUGCACUAAUCUAGAAACAAUCCCUGAUUCAUUCGAGUUGGCAUCUCUUAAAGUUCUCUCUAUCUCCGAGUGCCCGAAUCUUGUGAGGUUCCCAGAAAUAUUGUGCAAGAUUGAAAACUUGCGACACAUCAACUUGUGGCAAACUGGCAUAGAGGAAUUACCAUUUUCUAUUGGAAAUGUGACAGGACUUGAAGUUUUAACUCUGAUGGAUUGUACUAGGCUUGAUAAGCUACCUAGUAGCAUUUUUACACUACCAAGACUUCAAGAAAUUCAAGCUGACUCGUGUAAAGGGUUUGGCAUUUCUACUGAAUGUGAAGAUAAUAAUGGACCAGUGAAAUUCACUGUGUCUUCAAACAAGAUUCAUCUGUAUUUGAGCUCUUGCAAUUUAACAAAUCAACAUCUUUUUAUCUGCCUCCGUGGUUUCGCCAACGUUGUACACUUGGACCUAUCUUGCAGUAAUUUCACUGUCCUUCCACCAUGCAUUAAAGAAUGUAUCAACUUGAACACUCUUCUGUUAACAAACUGCAAUCAACUUCAAGAAAUCUCAGUAAUUCCGACAAAUUUGAGAGAUAUAGAUGCAGUGAAUUGCACAUCGUUGACAUCUCAGUCACAAAGUGUACUAUCAAGCCAAGCAUUUCAUGAAACUGGAGAAAAAAGUGUAAUGCUUCCAGGAUCAAGUAUACCAGAAUGGUUUGAUCAUCGCAGCAAUGAAGGAUCCAUUUCCUUUUAUGCUCGUGAGAGAAUCCCUAGUAUUUGUGUGUGUGUUGUUUUUGGAGUGUUGGAAAAACUGCCUCAUCAUUUUCUAGUUAACGUCUGUUCAAUCAUCAACGGCCAUAAAACAAUACUAUCACAAUGUUCUAGUUGGUCAAUUGUAAAAGAACAUGUGUGGAUGUUUGAUCUAAGAGAUUUUAUUGGCCGUAGAGAAACAUGGUUGAAACGUGGUUGGAAUCAUGUGGAAAUUUCAUGCGAGGAUUGUCAAGAUGAGCAUUUGAUGGCACAAGCUGUUCAUGGACUUAGAAGAAUGACAAUUGUAAAAUGGUAUGGAAUUCAUGUGUAUAGACAAGAAAACAACACAAUGGAGAAUAUCUUAUUCACAAGUGCCAACACUCAACAAGAAAGUAAUAUUAAUGAUGAAAGAUUAAAUGGAGACAAUCGCCCUUUGUCUAAACGGCAGUGUAGAUGAUAUCUAUUUGAGGACAACAUAGAAUGUUCUACAGAAUGAUGUUGCAUAGAAACGGUAUUUUGAUUUUCUCCAUUUUCACAUUGUUAGAUAUAUUCAUUUUCAGCUUAGUAUAACAUAGUUUUAUCCUUUAACUUA